AGAGUAUUUUUACAUAUAUAUAUAUAUUUUUUAUAGAUAUAUAUAUCUAUAAAAAAAUUAUAUAUACAGUAUAUGCAGGAGUCUGGUGAUGAAAGGGUUAUGUUUACAGUGGAGAAGAUGACGUCAGUGUCAGCUGUUCCUCGGGCGAGCGCCGUCCGCGUGCACGUGUGUGUGUGUGUGGAUGAUUCAGCAGCUCGUGCAGUCGUUCACAGCAGCUCGUCCUCUGCACGAGCGACUAACGGCUCAAACUAACGGCUCUUAUUCAAAUAUCAAUCUGACGGUUUAUUAUCUGAGCCCCUGCAGGUGGUAGGUUCAUAAAGGAGACCCCGUAGAGUCUGGAGGAGACCCAGUAGUGUCGGUGCUGAGAGGCCGGACAGCAGCAGCCAGAGCUCCGCAGAGAAACCGUCACUUCGUCCUCCUCGGACCUCCCGGUGGAUUCUAUCAUCAUCAUCAUCUUCUACCGGGACUUUAACCGCCUGCUGUCGGUCCUCACACCGUCUCCGGUCGGAUCUAAACACCGAACACAUCCCGCCUGACAUCCAGCUGCUCUCAUUCAACCAGCUCAGCCUCCACAGUUCCGCAUUCAGCCGUCUGAUGCUGCGGAUCUCCGGCAGCUCCUCGUCCUCAGUGUCUCCAUGGUGAAGUGGGCGGGGUCUGAUGUCCGCCCCUCAUCUCGGCGCCCCCCCCACCAUGCCCACCAUGGUUUCUAGGCUGCCCAAGUUCGGCUUCAGGCCCAAAUCUGCCACGCUCUCCAACGGCGCUCAGACGGGUCCGGCCACCGCCGCCGCGAGCUCCAGCACCCGCCUCACCAACGGGUUCUACCACCACCCCGGCCCGGCAGAGGUCGACGGCUGUUCGACCGCGUCCCCGACGUCCGUGAAGCAGAAUGGAUUCAUCCGAGUGCCCACGUCGUUCUCCAUGAAAUGGAGGAAGGAGAACGAGGCGGCGUCGGAGGACGGAGGAGGAGGCGACGACGGAGAGAGAAGAGGAAAGGGUAUUCAUCAGUAUUAUUCUCAACGGCAGCCGGGGUCACCGGCGGUGUUGCAGCGUGACACCAAGAAGACAACCGCGUCCUCUGCAGGGAAGGGGCGUAGUUCUGGCCUUCCUGUGACAUCGUCACCGUCACCACAGUCCAGCCCCAGAACACUUCCUGUCUCUAAAAGUGGCUCCACAGCUCCGCUUGGGCUGAACAACGGCACAAAACACACCCUGAAUGCUCUUUCUGGAUCCAGACCACGGAGCGGAACCAGCGGUUCUCUGAGACAGCCUCAGAGCUACGCUCGAUCCGGCGGUUUGAGGCCCGGCUCCGGUCCCGGCUCUCGAUCCGGAUCCCCUCUCGAAAAGAAACCGCCGGCCAGCCGCUCCCUCUCCAGCGACAGCCUCGGCUCCACGCCGUCCGUCCAGCUCACUGAGAGCGAUCGCUUUCGCUCGCGUAGCCUCACGCAGGUCCGACGGCAGCCGUCCCCGAUCCUCACCACUUCCUCCUCCUCCUCCUCGAUCUCUCGCCACCCCGCCGCCACCCGCUCCUACUCCAUCAACAGAGCUGCCGGGCGAGGCAUCUCAGCGAAACCGCCUGGUACCAGCCAGACUCCUGAGGGAGGAGCUGGAGGUGUCAAAGGUCAAAGUUGUGCUGCUCCGGGGAGGUCAGGGCUCCCCUCCGCCUUAAAGAAGCCCCUCCUCUCCAGCCUCGGCCCCGCCUCUAAGCCCAGCGGCAUCAGCUAUAAGCUGUCACGCCCGUCACUCAUCAAGCAGUCCCGCCCCCUCCGAGUGACCGCAGCCAAUGAGCCUGGAGGUAAACAGGAAGUGACAGCACGGAGGAACUCCGUAGAGACGCCGUCCACUACAGAGACCAGCCCAGAGAGUUCCCCAGAGGCUCCAGAGAGGGAGGGGCUGUCGGCGGACGCAGCGUCCCAGGGAGAGGUGUCGAUCGUGGGGGAGACGCUGGAGGACAUGUCCCUGUCCUCCAACUCGUCUCUGGAUAGAAAUGACACCAGUCAGGAGUAUAUGGACGACUUUGACAACCUCGGAAACGGAGGGGUGGCCAUACUGCUCCUCUCCUCUAAAAACGAAGAAGACGACUCGGGGCUCGACCAAUCGUGCGCCAGGUUUGAUGAAGACAAGGCGGCCGUCAACGGCGUCCCCCAGGCGGCGGGGCUCUGUUUCCUAGACGACGGUCUGGACUGGGCCGGCGUGAGACUCACUGGUGAUGGAGGGGAGCAUCAGCUGACCCGACUCCCCCACCGGAGGAGGUCCAGUCAGCCGGACUACCACGAGCAGGGCGGUUCGUCUCUGGACCUGUCCCCCUCGGACAGCUGCGGGUCCGGGGGAACCUACAUGUGGGACGAGGAAGGCCUGGAGCCGCUGGGGGGGGGCGCCGCCACCACCGCCUCCAUCAACACCACCAACAGCAACACCAGCCAUCACAUCGGCAGCUUCGACUCCGACCUCAACAGCAUCGACGUCUUGAACAACCUGGACUCUGGUGAUCUGGAUGAUGAUGACCUCAUGCUGGAUGAAGACCUCCCGGAAGAUGCAUCACUGCACAGCGACGGAGACGGGAUAGCCCACAUGGCUCAGUGGAGGAUGAGACAGCUCUGCUGGGGGACGCAGGACGUCCACAAUGACAAUGAAAGUGACUUCCAGAGCUUCAAGCUAACUGAGGAUCCUGGGAAUAAGAGGACGGACACAACCGAGGACAGCGACCUCAUUCUGGACCUCUGUCCUCCAAGGUCCUCCUGCCGGUCUCCUGGUACUCCUGGUUUGGGUGUUGAUGCGGAGGAGCUGGCUGAAGACUGUUCUGCAGUCCGAUCCCAGCUGGAGUACCUGCAGAGGUUACUGCUUCAGGAGGAGGACGUGGACGAGGACACUCUGACCACAGACACUCUGAGUCCAGAGACCAACGACUCCUCCCAGAGCUCCGACACACAGGUGCAGGAUCUCCUGCAGGAGGUGCAGCAGCUCAGAGAGGAGCUGAGGAGCCGAGACCGAACCAUCGCACAGCUCACUCUGCAGCUGACCGUUCCCACGGCGACCACCAGGUGUUGUUGCCAGGAGACGACGGGGAGGAUGGAUCGACACACGCAGACGAGUGUGGCGGAGAGAGAGAGCGUGGCCUCGCAGACGCCCUGGAGAGAGCAGACCUCACCGAUACUUCACCCCUCCAGCCAGGACGACCAGGAACCACUGACACACCGCGCCCCGCCUCCAGCUAACCCCGCCUCCGCCUCCGCCCGACCCCACAUCGUCCCGGACACCAACGGCACCGACCACGCCACCGAGGGAGGAAAGGGAGCGAGGAAAGAGGAGGAAGGAGAGACGAAGGAGAGGAGGAGAAGAACGUACACCAGAUCCCUGCUGCCCCCCCAGCCCUCAAAGCUCCACCUCUUCACGCCUCUUCAGACCUCCAGCAGACCCGCCUCCAUCUCUGCCGCCGCGCCGCCGCCGCCGAACACGAAGGCGUCCAGGCAGCCGCCGCCUCACGACCCGGCAGAGAGCACUUCUGGGGUGAAGGUCAAAACAGCGUCCUUCACCUCGGGCUCCUCCCGCCUCCCCAAGCCAAAGAGCCACUGAGCCGCCGGCUUCUAGAUCCACCUUCCUGACACGCAGAGCGCCGGCUACGCUACGCUACGCUCACUUAUUUAUUGUUAAUAUGUAGAGCGCUGUGACUGAUGAAGGUUUAAACUCUUUAUUUUACUGGUCCCACAAACACACACGCAGGUAGAACUGUAGAUUUAUGGAUCAUAUUUAGUACCAGUCUUCGUCUUUGAGAUCCAUAAGAAGGUAUUUGACAGGAUAACGAACUGUUUCACUCUUUAAAAACAUUCAUGAUGCUGCAUCCAGCUCAUAAUAACUUCAGAAAUGUUGUCUUCAAACUUCCGUCUGACUACAAGAAAUAUGUUUUUGUUGUCUCCGUGAAACCUCUCCGGCUCCGUCGUAUUAUCUCCAGUUAGCUGCUGCGGGCAAAUUAAACCUAUAUGAAGAAUGAGGUUUUUAAUAAUACAUAAAUGAGUUUAAAUAAACUAUUAUUUUACCUACAGUUUGUAGAAAAGGACCAGUAAAAUAAAGCGUUAUAAAAUCUGUUUUUAACUGACGCUCUAAUGAUACGGUGAGUGUGCUAUUUAUUUAUUUCCGUUAGCGAAAAAGACACUGAAAGCUUCUUCUACGACGGCGUCUCGACUGGCUGCUGGUGUUAGGAAGCACUUUUACUGUUCGUGUGCCUCACUUCCUGUCUGACUUCCUGUCUGACUUCCUGUCUGACUUCCUGUCUGACUUCAAGACGACAGUGUGGAAGCUCGUUGCUGCUGCUCCUCCAGCCUUCAUCCUUCCCUUCUCCUCCAGCAUGAACACCAAGUCUUCCUCGCCCCAAACUCAAAGACACUGGAUCCUUCCCUCCAUCCCUCCAUCCCUCCAUCCCUCCAUCCCUCCAUCUGUUCAUUUAUCACUCCGCUCUGCAGAACAACACGUCUCCAAGGUCAGAAACUUUACUCCAGCUCUUCACAUCGUCUCACUGUCGUGUGUUCACUUUGAUUUGUUCGUCUUAACUUGGAGUUUUUAUUCUUGUAAAUCCAGAAAAGGAGGAUUCCUCUGGGACGUCACCUGUUGAAUCCACUGUAGACUGAGGAUUCUUCAUCAUUAACAAACACAGAUCCUGUUGCAGUUGACUUGUUGAACAGUCUGAAGGUUGAACCUCCUUCCUCCAGUCAUCCUGACUGAGGAAAUGUGUUCGUCCUUGUUCUUAUAAAAGCUUCUCAAAGUCAUCAGAAGAAGUCAAGUAAGAACAACGAGGUUGUUUUCUCUUCUUCUCUGAACAUGUUGGAGGUUUAAACGGCAGACUGGUUCAGGGUAAAGGUCCCGGUAUGCUUCAAACUAAACACAGUGGUUGGGGGGUGUCACGCUUUUUAUUCUAAAUCGGAAACCGAUCGUAAUUGGCGUCCGAUCUCGACCGUCGAAAUCAAAAUGAACCAGCACAAAAAUCCCUGUUUAUCCCCAUCAGACUCAUCACAAACACUAACUAAAGGAACGUUAAAACAGCAAACUGAAACCACUCAGCCCAGCACUCGGGACGAGGCAGGCAUGAUGGGAAAUGUAGGCUUUCUCUGUCGCUACGAUACUCAGGACACUUCCUGCAUGUCUGUGGCAUUUCACGCUGCAUGAAUUAGCCUAGCCGCUAGCUGACUUUAGUAACCUGUAAGUGACAGUAAAUGACAACAAAACCGUAUUUUUGUAGAUUACAGCCCACUCCUAACGCCCUGCAGAAGGGUUUCUGUUUUCUUUUGUAAUGAUGAUGUACUGAGGCGGGUCGCACAGAUACUGGUACUGAAAAUAUACAGCUUUUUAUAUUGUAGACUGUUGUAGUCUAAAUUUUGAAACACUCUAAACACUCUAAACAUAUAAAGGAAGUUCUUUUAAAUGAAGAAUUUGAAAGCGUAUGAUGUUGUUGAUCUUUAUGGAUCAAGACUCCGUAGUCUAACAAUGGCAUGUUAAAAUCGAAAAUCAAAUCGUGACCUUAAAAAUCGAAAGUCAAAUCAAAUGGUGGAUUUGGAGAAUCGUGACACCCCGAGUAGUGAUGGUGGAAUGAAACAAAGUACAUUUACUCAAGUGCUGUACUUAAAGGGACAGUUUGGUCGUGGCGGCGGUGAGUGUGGGGUUGUCGGUGGCGUUGUAGCUCUGAACGUAGCAGUGUGUGUGCAGUUCGUCAGUGAAUAAAUGCUACAACUCCUCAAGACCCGAGCCCAGCGGCUGUCUGCAUCAUCGUUUUCAAAGAUCUCCGUUUCAGUCCGUCCGGACUAAAGCGCAACCCCGGAGUUUUAAAACUAAAACGGGGUCGUUUUAAGGGCUUGGAAAACACCGGAGUAGUGUGGACGCCAGGCAUAAACAUGAGUUUUAAAACAGUGUGACUGUAGCCAGAACGUUUGAAGCAUACUGAGACCUUAAAGUAACUGUGAAAACACACAGAAACAUUUGAGUUUUAUCGUCAGACAGAAGACGAGCAGUGAACAAACACUCUCGUCUCUGAAUGCUGGAUAUCACGCCGUAGACUGGAGACGUUCACAGGAUCCUUCCUCACGUUAACAUGCGGUCGAGGUCGUACAGCGAGCCGGAGGAAGCACCUGAGGAGACUCUGCAGCGCCGCUCACCUGCUCGCUCUGAUGUCAGCGACACUUUAUGCAAUAAAUAUAUGCAACAUCUCACUGUAGGUUUAACCCCCAAAACAGACUCUCUGUCCCGCCCCAGUGCCCUUGAGCAGGAGGUGUUAAAAUAUAUGCAAACCAAGCGUAGAGUAGUUUCACAUCUCAUGCAGCUGAAGAUCAGUUCCUGUAGUUCUACAGACAAUCACAGGAAUGAAUCCUGUUUAUGAUCAUUUAUCCAUCAGAAAUCACAUCAAUCAUCAGAAAUCACAUCAAUCAUCAGAAAUCACAUCAAUCACACAUGGUGGUUGUUAGAAACAACGUGGAAUUAAAUAUUACUGAUGAACUGUGAAACAACAACAACAACAACAACAACAACAACAACGGGUAAAAAACAGCAAUUUGAAUAAUCUAUUAACCCUUUAUGUCAUUUUAGUCUCUUUUGUUUUGAGCAUCCUACAUCCUCCUUUACUACAUCCUCUCUCCUUUCUUGCAUCCUCUGUUCCUUUCCUACAUCCUCUAUUCCUUUCCUGCAUCCUCCUUUCCUUUUCCUACAUCCUCCUAUCCUUACCUACAUCCUCCUUUCUUUUCCUACACCUUCCUUUCCUUACCUUCAUCCUCCAUUCCUUUCCUACAUCCUACAUUUUUUUCCUGCAUCCUCUAUUCUUUUCUUACAUCCUCCUGUCUUUUCCUACACCCUCCUUUCCUUACCUACAUCCUCUACUCCUUUCCUACAUCCUCCUUCUCUUUUCCUUCUUCUUACCUAUAUUCCUCCUUCUUUCCUCUUCCUCCUCCAUGUCUUACCUCCUUGUUUCCUUUCCCUCAACUUCCUCUUCUUUCACUCCCUCUUCCUUUCCUUCCUACUCCCUUUCCUCUUCAUUUUCCUACCUGCACCUCCUCUUUCAUAUACUGUACUGUUUACCUCUCCUUAUCUACGUCCUCAACCUCACCUCCUUUCCUUCCUUCCUUGCCUUGUUUCUUUCCUACCCCACCUUGUUGUUUUUUACCUCCUUAUCUCCACUCUCCUUAGCUCAUUCUUUCCUUUCCUUGCAGACACAUGUAAAAGCCCUGAUGAGCAGAAACAUCUGGGUUAAAGCUCCCACCAGAUGUGUCCUGUAUAUAUCCGUCUUUAAAGUUUAGUUUAUUGUGCGUCAGCAGCUCGUAUCGUUGUGUCGAUGUGAAACGAGAAGCAGAUUAACGGCGUCUUAGCCGAAGCUUACACUGGAUUUACCUGCUGAAUAUUCUCACCCCACAACCGGCUGUACCGGCCGGCCGCUAGCUGAUAGCUACUGUAGCUGGAAGCUGAAGGUCACUGCGUUUCAACGAGGCGAGAACGGUCCCGUUAAUCCGCCUCCCAGCAGCCCGCCGUCCAAUUAAAACCCUCCGCUGACGAAACAGCUGGAAGCAUCCAAACAGCAGCCCUGAAGCUACGAUAUGAUAUCUUUUUCUGUUUUAUUUAUACAAUUAUAAUUUUAUAUACAUUUUAUUUAUUUAUUUUUAAAUGUUAUUUAAUUUAGGUUUAUGUUUGAGGUCAUAUAGUAGUAGUUAGUAAAGUACUUCACAUACUACUUUCUGUUAACGACUUACAGUUUUAAAGGUUCAUUCCACCCAAAAACUGUUUUCUGUCUAACGAGUUAAUUACAGUUUUACUGUUUAUCUUCCUGCUCUUCUAGCAAUGUAUUUCAGCUCUUUUCAGCUUUCAACUCUGACAGUUUGAUAUUUCACUUCCGUAUUUUCAGCAAUGCUUUGCCAUUAAUUUCUGCUGUCAGCGUUCCCACGCAUUUUCAGCAGGAAAUGCAUUUUCUAGUUACAUACUUUAUACACCGGAGAGCUCUAACAAGUUUAUUUUGACACAGUAAAAUGUAGUAGGGAUGUCAACGAGAACAGAUCAAUUGGUAUCAAGUCGAUGCCAAAAUUCUGAAAACGUGACGGUACUCGUUUUUCUACAGUACCGUAGGAACCGUCACAGCUCGAGACUAACAUCGUCCCGUCGACCCGGGGCCGAUAGAAGAUGUGUUUGGGACGCAGUAAACUGGAGAGCUAGUUAACGUUAGCUGUUACCAGCUUUUAACAGCUAACGUUACGGGAGGUGCCAUUGAUUACAUUAUGAUGCUUUCAGGCUCUGUUCAGUAAAAAUGAGUAAUGAGAAAGCGACACUGAGAACAACAAAUCUGUGUUGAAAUCAACAGGAGGAGAGUUAGUAACGUUAGCUGUUAGCAGCCGUUAGCAGCUCAGUUCUGACUGGCUAAAUACCGGAGAUACCAACGUUAACGGAGGUGCCAUUGAGUUAUUGUUAUGAGGCGUUCAAAGGCAG